AUAUAGAGCUAGACCGCUCACUGGCCGCUGAGAGGCGGUAAAUAGGAGCUGACUUCCGGUAGUGGCAAGACGGGGAUUUCACAUUGGAACGGCAGCACGGUAUGUGACUUUGUGUUUCGUGAUUUACCAAGGUACAGUAAACUUCUGUGUUGGAAUCAAGUCACAAUGCUUGAAAUACGUUGAGAACACCAGGCCAGGAGGCCCUAGACCAGCACUGGCAGGGUUUUUCAGUGACUGCAGCUGAGCAGACUCUCCUCAGGAGAGUUCCCCAGUUCGCUGUCAUGCUCAUGGCUCGCCAUUCCCCCUGUGCCUGUGGUCUCACUCUGACCUGGUGACGGAUGACAAGGCUAUUUUUGUCAUCAGAAAUUAUGUGUUAAUGAACUAGAAAUCUGUUUGAGAAGGUGAGCAGGUUCUGAAGCUGAUUAGUUUAGCUUGUAGAUGACAACAUGCACACGUUUUCUGCCCUGUUGAUAUCCUUGUGAAUUUUCCAUCCCUCUUUACAAUAAAACAUAAUUUGGAAUUUUUUUCUACUGCAUGUGCUGCUUUUCAAAGUCCAACUCAAUAAUUUGAAUUGGAGAAAAAUUGUUUAAAACACUAAUUUUCUUAUUUGGCAUUGGUUCGAAUAUUUUUUAGAGCUCAGGUAAGUAAAACACUAAUGCUGCAGAAAGUAUGAAACAUUUGUUAUUGACACAAUCACUGCAUCAGCAUUCAGCACUCAUUAUUGUGUGGUGGUCUCUGUCUCUGUCUGUGAGGGCUAAACAACGCUGUGAUUGCCGUGAAAACGUGCCUAGGACAGAGAUUUUAUUGUCUGCUAACAGUAAAAGCCAUAACAUAACACAUAUUGUCCCAUCACUGAUGACAAGCAGGCCUUGAAGUUGGUGUAUUUACACAGGAUCAAAUAGCGCGCCCCAGCUUCUUGCCACUACCGGAAGUCAGCGCCGAUUUACCAUGGCGCUGCUGUUGUCCGCCGAGCAGUGAGCGGUCUAGCUCUAUACAUACGUCAUUGACCUAUCCCCUCUUAAGUUUGUCCCAUGGUAAGAAGUGCAGAUACUUAAUGCCCCUCCCCCACCCCACGGCCUUAUCUCCCAGGAUACAGAAACCAUUUAAGGGUUAACCCCUAACCCCCCGCGACCCGCCCUCGACCCACUCCCCGAGAGAAGAAUCUGCCCUUUCUCCGCUAACCCCUCUCCAGUUGCUGUUUCAUCCAUCCCCUAACCUUUCACCUCUGCGUCAACUAGAAAAGCGAACCCAAAGGCACUUUUAAGAGCCAUAUCUUUCUAUCUUUCUAUCUGUCUAUUUCUAUCUUUCUAUUCAUCUGUCUGUCUGUUUUUUGUUUUGUGUAUUUUGUCAUCAGUAUAUUAUCUCUGUCACUGUCUUCUAGUGUGUGUAGUGUCUGCCCGUGUCAUUGUAGUUUGUCCUAGUUUGUCCAUUGUAGUUUGUCCUUGUCAUAAUGCCAGGAGGGUCAAACAAAAAAACCUGUCCUUUUUGCAAGGGAAUUUUAUUUUGUGCUCAAAAGGUUUGUAGCCACUGCAGCAAGGAGCAGCCUAUGAAGCAGCGCCUUAAAAAGAAGCUUCAGAGGUUUGAUGAAAGGCGAAAAGAAUGGGUGGUGGGGCGCAAGAAAAACCACAAUGUGGCAUCCAUCAAGGAUGAAGCGAUUAUCAUGCUUGAAAAACUUCAUGCUGUGGGCUACAAACCCAUGCUUGUGCUCGGAAUGAAAAAGAAGGAGCACACGAAGUGUGAGAUCCUCACACCUCGCUGCAGUCUUACUGCAUUUGCGAAGGACUGCCUUCAAAAAAUAGGCUCAUUCUAUGAGUACCUUUGUGAAGGUUGGACCCAGGAGCCAAUUGGUGGGGAAGAGGAAAUAACGCUGCUGCUCACACCCUGUGACCCACUGGAAGGAACCAGCAUGCAGCAGGAGCAUGAGAGGAACAGAGUAGGGAAAAUGACAGAGACAGAUGUCACCAGGGAUGAGCCGACACCCAUGAAAGUGGAGGAGGAAGAAAAACCCAUAGAAGGGCAGAUGGAGUGGGCGAACACUGUGGACGGACAGCCAGACCGGACAAACACAUCGGGGGAGCAUUUGGAGAAAGUGGAGGAGCAAGUGGACACAGUGGAGGACACAGUGGAGAGACAAGUGGAUGCAGUGGAGGGACAGGCUGUCUCCAGUGGAGCAACCCUUAAUCUUGGGCAAAAGAGGAAAAAUUCAGUGGCAACAAGGCACAUCCUAGAGAGGAAGAAGCUACAAAAAGACAUUGUGUCAUCCUACAGAGUGUAGUCAUGCUGGCAGGUCCACAUCAGCUGGCUGGCCGUGAUAUGUCAACUCCAUGUCAGCAGAUGAUAUCACCCCUUUUGCGUUCAACUAGUCACUGUAUUUAAACCAUAUUGACGGGCUGUUUCUACUGCUUCUUCCACUUGCUGUUUUACAGCUCAUCUCUUCCCCCGCUACUGCACCUCAUUUGUUAUAAAUUACCAAUGUCAAAUCCAUGCUUGCAAACUCUGAAGUGCCUAAACCUGGAUUUGUAAUGCAUAUCUGAUGUAAAGUUUCCAUCUCUCUCAGCUUUUUUUUUUCUGU